GUUGACAAGCAUUUAUUGGAUACCGUGUUUGGCUCGACAAAGAAAUUAGAGAAAUUAUUCUAUGCAAGCGGUAUCCUUCAAAAGAAUGACGAUCUUAGAAGGGCAAAAUUCUGCACCCGUGGUGAAGAAAUUCUACCUGCUAUUCAGAAAAAAAUGAAAGAUUUAAACUUUAAGAUAAAGUCAUAUUUUGUUGUGGCACAAACAUUUACAAAGCAUAUCCAACUAACAUUGCAUCAAGUUGUUCGACUGGCAUCCAAAGAUGUAGAAGCUGCAACCAUCAUUGUGGAAGAUGAAAUAAUACACAUCGAUGAUGUAUAUGACACCCUGUGUAAAGAAGUUUGGAAAGCUAUUCAAUGCAACUGUCACUUUGAUUACUGUCCCAUACACAAGGAUAGAAAAGAUAAAAUUUUCGAUUUCGAAUCAUCUCAUUCGUACAUCAGUAGUCGUCAAAAUUUGAAGCAAUGUAUAGUUCAGCUUUUAGGAAAAAAUAAGGAGCAUAUGGAUAUGAAUUCCAAAAUCAAGUUUAAUACCAACAAUGAAUGCGCUUGCGGUAUUUGGAUUCAUCUCGAUCUUGUUGUAGAAGCAGGUCUGCAAUCAAUCGCAAAAAAUAUUACAGCUAUCAUCGCAGCUUCAUUGACAAAUCAAGCGUUAUUCAAAUAUUACGAACCCAAGUAUCUUUUUGUGUUGGGAGAUCCAUUUAACAUGUCUUAUGGUUCAUCUAUUCAUACUGCAUACGCCACAGCCGUGCAAAGAGCAAUUGAUGAUGCUAUACAAUUAAAAGCAAACGAUACAGAAGCGUUUGUUUUUAGAGAUUCAAUUGAAAUAUUAUUGGAGACAGUUCAGGACGUUAAGCCAUACCUGUACGACAGGUUUGUUACUGGAACUUUGUGCCAGGUGCCAAACAGCACCUAUGGCGUACGGUUUAACUUUCAAUUUUGUUAUUCUUUCGAUCUUAUGAACCGCCGUGGAAAAAUUAAAAAGUAUGUAGAAGGCUGUUUUGAUUAUAUGGCUUGUAUUGUAAAAGGAAAACCAAUUUCAACAACGGGAACAAUGAUCAAACUUAAAUCUCAGGAAAAGAAUAUUUGGGCUGAAUUUAUUAAAGUGAAAAAAUUAGCUGGUGCAGAACCAGAAUUGUAUGAUAUGAUAGACCGAUCCUCAAUAGGGCCAUGUCACUAUUUGGAAACCGGUGGCACAUCACCCGCGGCCCAGGAUCUUAUUAUAGAAUGUAAAUUCAUCAACUAUGAUUAUUCUUUUGAAAUUUCAAUGAGACGAAUGGCCGACUAUCACAACUCUUGUGUGGAUCCAUUCAAACUGACGAUUAAGGGAGAACCAUUAACACUGGCUUAUAUCUAAGCCCCAAAAAGAGUAACUAAUAAACAUGUUAUCCGUCUGUAUCCAGGACGUUUCCCUAGCCAGUCUUAAAAUUGUAAAACAAACAAGAGUAUUGGUUUUUCUCACAGUCAUGCCACAUUCUUUUACCCAAAUUUCGUUUUUCCU